AUGGAGGAGGAAGAGAACAACCAACUGGCCUUCGUGGAUGUCCUCAUAUGCCGCAAAGGUUGUGGUGGACUAAAGACCAACGUGUUCAGGAAAGCGACAAAUACGAUGCAAGUACUGAACUUUCACAGCAACCACCCAAUCAGCCGCAAACGCAGUUGUGUAAGGACGCUCUAUCGGCGUGUCGAAACGCACUUCAGUGAACCGGAAGACAAGAUUGCCGAACCACAGUACCUCCGACGGGUCUUCAAAGCCAGUGGCUAUCCACGCAACUUCGUUAAUAGGUGCAUACACAAAAGGGACGAAAGGCCAAACUGCACGGACCCCAAAUUUUGGCGAGCGCUUCUGAAUGUCAAGAACGUUUCGGAGGCUCUCGGUCGCCUUCUCUCGCCAGUUGGGGUUAGAGUUGCACAUAGACCGGAGGCAACCAUCAGGCGUCAGUUAAUGAAACCCAAGGACCCACUGCCACGUCUUGAAACGUCUGGAGUCAUGUACCGGAUCUGGUGCAGUUGCGGACAAAGCAACUACGUCGGAGAAACCGGAGGACAGCUCCGAACGCGAAUGACCGAACACGCUGAAGCAGUGCGGAGAAAAGACGCCCGGUCCCGCCUUCCGUCUUCUUGUCUCUGUCCCUAAAUCGGUCUGAAGUGGGUGAGUCACUGUUCCUGCGGACACCGUCAACAACGACUGGCGAAUUGUCACUUCAGCUUGGUUGGGCUCGAGAGAGAGAGAGAGCCCGUAAGGCAAAACGGAACGAGUGAGUUCUGUAAGAAAGAUCGGUGAGCCCCCUCUACCAUUGUAUAUUCCCGAUCGAAAACCGACAGGGCAACGGGCUCGUGGCCCAGUGGUUAGAGGCGUGGACUUCUAAUUAACAGGUAGCAUGUUCGAGCCUCGGGCGUUCCACACUUCGAGGUUGAGUAUAACUGGCUGAAGACGGCCAAUAAGCCAGAAAUGGCCAUUCCAGUCUCCCUUGUCUUUGUCGGUAAUGCCAUUCUAACCAAGCUAUCCCUGGAAUUUAGGGAAAGGUUUCUUGUGCCCGUGCCCCACCUACAGUAUUGCAUGCAUUUCUCUACGGUAUUAAGGGCAGACCAUAUGAGGUUCAUUAAAUUAUGCAGUGGAUUUGAGCAAUAUUGUUACCUUUACAGGCCACAUUCGUAAAUGCAGAUACAUGACGUUUCAUGAACGGCCAUUUAACGGUAUUAAAAAUUCUCACAAUUAGAAACUUUUUUAAAACCGAAUUAUACUCUUCUUUUGAGUAUGAAAUUGGAAGAAGACGUAAUUUUCUACCGAAUAGAUGAACGAAUGACUAUUUUUAUGCGUGUUUUCCAUGAAAUAUAAUUGACUUUUCAAGGACAUCGAAAAUCAAUGGGAAAAUUGCAUACUACAUACGUAGUCAUUUUUUGCAGAAUAUAGAUCUUGCAUGCAGCCAAAAAUAAGUUCUUUCGAAAGUUGACACCCUGAGGUAACUGGAUCAUUAUAGACUUACGCUGCAUCAUGACUAGUUUUACAGCACUACUUAAUUUAUCUUUUCGAAAUGGGAACGCAUUUCGAAAGUUUGGUUGACAUUUCAUGAGUUAGCACAUCUACUGUACAUUCAAGUCUGAGUGCUAAUAUAAAUUCAGCUCUCUUUGAAGUAUAUAUUUUUUACUAACCUGCACCGCCAAAUAUGCAGUCAAAACACUUUGGACGCCGGGAGUUUUUAAACACGUGGGAAGGUCACGCCUCUGACGGCAGACGAAUGAAGUCGGUAUACCAAAGGGAACGGCAAUUCCUCAAAGUUGUGUCUAGACUACAGCCAGGAAUAUUUGCCCGUUGCUGAUUAAAAAGACAUUAGACGGGAACCGGUGCAGACUCCGUGUUCACAACGUGCCCCAGUUAAAAAGGGCUUACCUAGACGGGCAGUAAACGCAAGUCCUCCCAAAGUUGCACUUUCGAUAUCUGUAUGAAAAACCGCCACCCUAGUCUAUUCCAUGCACUGUGAGCUCUAGUGAGUGAAGAUUUCUGAGCUUUUCCAGAGAUACUGACUGAAGUUCUGGCCAUGGAUAUGAUGUCAACUUCACUUUCCAGAUUAGAAGUUGUAACUGGGUCACAAUUAACGAUCCGAAAAAACUCUUUGCUGUGAGCGAUUUCAAACUUUCCACGGCACAGUGUUUGAAUCUGGAUUCGCUGUUACAAAUAAGCAUUUACAGUAGGUGGGCUAACUAAUUAACUGUCAACCGAAAUUCCCAAAUGCGUUUUCGUUUCGGAAAGAUUACUUGGAUAGGGCUGUAAAACUAUUCAGCCUGCAACAUACUUCUAUAAUAUUUCAGUUACCUCAGGGUGCCGGCUCUCGAAUGAACUUCCCUCCGACUGCAUGCAGAAACUACACCCUGAAAAAAUGACGACUAAAGCAACAUCCAUUUUUCUAAUUGAUUUUCCAUGCCCUUAAAAAGUGAAUGAUAUUUCACAGAAAACAUGCAUAAAAUAUUCAUUAUUUUACUUAUUCGGUAGAAAAUCACGUCUUCUUCCGAUUUUAUAUUCGAAAGGAGAGUGUAAUUCGGUUUUGAAAUUUUUUUCUAAUUCCCGAAUAAUUUUGAACCCGCUCUACCGUUCCACUUGGAUUCAGGGUUUCAAAACUACAAGCCGUAUACUUUUCGCUUACGGGAAACCACACAUUUCUCUACGGUAAUAAUGGGUGACUAUAUAGGGAUCAUACAAUUUAGCAGUGGAUUUGAUCCAUAUUGUUAACUUUACAAGCCACACUGGUAAAUGCAGAGACAUGACGUUUCAUGAACGCUCAUUUCACGGUAUUGAAAAAUCUCACAAUUAGAAACUUCUUUGAAACCGAAUUAUACUCCUCCUUAGAGUAUAAAAUUUAAAAAGGCGUGAUUUUCUUGCAAAUAAAUAAAAGAAUGAAUAUGUUCAUGCAUUUUUUCAUGAAAUAUAAUUAAAAUUUCAAGAGCAUCUAAAAUCAAGGAGAAAAUCGAAUGCUACUUAUGCAGCCAUUUUCUGCAGAAUAUAGUUCUUGCCUGCAGUCGGAAAUAAGUUUAUUCGAAAGCCGGCACCCUGCGGUAACGGAAUCAUUACCAAAUAAUGUUGGACGGUGAUUAGUUUUACAACCCUACUUAAUUAAUCUUUUCGAAACGAGCACGCAUUUCGAAAUUCCGGUUGACAUUUCAUGAGUCAGCCCACUUACUGUAUUUAAAUCCAUCGCCUCCUCGGUCUCGUUGGUUCUGUGUUGACACCGAGCCCAGUGGUGUGAGGGAAGAGAGAGAGCGUGGACGAUACUGCGCAAGUCUGCUGUCAUUAAAAACUAAUGCACCUGCAAGUCAACGUCCCUGGGCCCAAUUACGGUUGGACCUUCAGUAGAGCGGGGUGUGGAGGCGAGGUUUGACCUGCGUUGAUCUACCGCAGAUGUUCAUGGAAGCCCAUGUCGCCGAGUAUGUCCUUGUACCGACUGAGAUAACAAUCGGGAGAUGGCACCCAAAAAAAUCCGCCUAACCAAAGCAGCCUGUCUUAAGGGACAGGCGGUGAUAGGGGUUUUAUGGGUGGUGGCUGGUCGGGAUGUACGAUGCUAGACAUCGGAAAGCCUUAUUUGAACAGGUGAAUGAUCGAAGUUAACCCUCUCUCCGUUCCUUUAUUACAAAAUGGGUCACUAAAGUCAGUAUAGUGGUAACGGACGAGUGGAAGACGUAUGAUCGUCUUCCCUCAGAAGGUUAUCAACAUGUCUCUGUUAACCACUCAAAGAACUUCAAGAACCCUACCACCAGACGGCACACCAAUGCCAUUGAGGCAUACUGGGGUAGACUGAAAAGGAAACUCCACGAGGGAGGCCCUGUAUGUGGUCGAUCUGUGUGGGUUUACAUAAACGAAGUGCAGUAUCGUCUUUGGUUUGGCCUCAAUGCCAUGUCUUUGACAGAUGACUGGGAACUGUUCCUGUCCCGUGUUGUGCAGACUUAUCCUAUUUAAAAUUGAUUAUGUUUUGUAAUAAACUGCCAUAAUGCGAAUGUGUGCUGUAUAUUCAGGUGUACGUGUGUAACGAUGGGGAAGGUUGGGUAACAGCGACCAUCGUCCAUGUAACCUCCUGUGAUGUUCCUUCGGCCAGCCCAUGGUAGGCCGUCGCGGAAAGUCCAAGUAGUGCGCGAACGUAGGCCUGCAACCGCUGAUAUAGCCUGAAUGCGUUUGAGUAUUAUUUCUAGGUAAGAGAUUUUUGGGUGUCAUCUCCCGAUUGUUAAUGGCGACGGAUCGUGCGUGAACAGUGCGUGCAGUUGAGGCAGGUGCGACAUUCCAGGAACAGAUUCACCGGUCUCAGUGCGAUGGAUCUGCAAGCGACCGACCAGAACGGUACGUGAAGUAAAUGUGCGAUAGCAAUGAGGGCAGGUUGGGGCUUAGUCCGAUUUGCUGCUGGCGGUGGGUACGGUAGUGGUGAGCGUGGUGGUUGACGGGGCGUCAUGAUGGUUUUCACUGGUGGUGGGAGUGGAAGGAGUGGCAGUUGUCACUGGGGGGAGGGUUUGUGACGGUGAUGAUGGGGGUGGUGAGCUGCAUCGGCGAGACAUCAGGAGUGGGCUCGCCGGUGGUGGUGGUGGUGGUGGUGGUGGUGGUGGUGGUGGUGGUGGGAGAAGUUCAUGCUCCAGGCGCGUGUUCAGACGGUUGAGGGUACGGGAAGGAAGAUGUUUCCUGUGAUGUUGAGCAGCGAAAUGUCCACGGGAUUGUCACAGCUGUGUUGGUUUCUUUCGCAUUUGUAUACAUGGAUGAUGAUCGCAUCUCUAAAGUCUUGAGAGAAGAAGGAGACAUGAUCACCGGGACAAGAGCUUUAUUAGCCUGACGUUUCGGAUUCCUGCUCGAAUCCAGCAUCAGAGACAAAAAGACAGAAAUGGGUGGUUUUUGCACAAGGGGCUGCGGUAUUUAUAGAAUUAUUCUAUUCCCCAGGACCUGGCGAUUGAGACAAUUGAGCUGCUACUACAAAGCAAAUACGAUGAAACGGAGAACCGUCUUGGACACGCCUUAGUCCUCCAGCUCCUGAAGCUCUGUCUCAGGACGUACUUCACGUUCGACGGGACAAUCUACGAGCAGGUGAAGGGCACACCAAUGGGUUCGCCGAUUUCGGGAUUCAUCGCCGAGGUGGUCCUGCAACGGUUAGAGUCGCUGGUCUUCCAACACUACAGACCGAAAUUCUGGGCCCGGUAUGUGGAUGAUACCUUCGUCGUCAUCGAACGGCGUUAA